UCCAAACUGCCGCUGAGGAACGCCAGGGCUGCGAUGUUCAGGAGGAGCUGGGGAAAGUGUCUGUGGUAAAACGGGUACGUCAAGAGUCUGUGGAGGUGUCCAUUUUGAAAAACAGAGGCACCAACGCUGAAGGCACCGAGAGUGAAGCUGAAAUAUGUUUGGAUACCAAACGACACACAAGCUAAAAGCGCCAGUGUUAGAACACCGCAUGUGGGGACAGGAGCCACGUCUUUGAUAACUUGAAACAUCACUUUAAAGUGCUCAGUCAGCGUCAUCUUGGCAAUACUUUCGUCCUGGGCUGGUGAGGUUAAGCACAACUUUGCCACAAUUUAUCCAAACCGACCGUGGCUCCACUGUCUCCACACUUCCGCAACAGGAAGUACGGUCAUAUCCAGACGGCUUUAAGACGAUGCCUACUGUAAACCUCUCGAGUUGAUGUUGACCUUGAUUGCUGAAUAACAGGUUCACAGUUAUCGAGAAAUAAAAAUAUAACAGUAACGCCACUCCCAGAUGUAUUUUACGUACAUGUAGAACGAGGCUCGUUUGAGUGAUGAGAGGCAACUUCUGGUCAAACCUUUCAAAAUAAAAAAUGUAUUGACGCACAGGGGCACAUGUUGUUCGACAGUUGAGUUUAACUUCACAGCAAGCUUGAGCAUGUACGUUGUGUGUGAGUCAGGACGAGAAACCACAGAUAUCCAUAGUCUUUAGGUUCAAAAGGAAGGCUAAAUGUAACUUCUGGCCAACGUCCAUGUCAUAAUUUGAAGGGCAAUUUGCUGAACUUCCGGUAUAGCCUUCCGUAGUGCAGACUUCAAUUCAGCUGCUUCAGGGCUACGUGCCUGCAAGAAGUGCAUUCACUCAAGAACUGCAUUUUUAUUUUCAAUUGAUUAUACUUCACACUCCUAUUGCACUACAAUACAGUGAAAUAUUGUACUUUUUGCUUCACCAUACUUAUUUGAUUUGUAAAGAUGUUUCAUGUAAAAUAAACGAUCAUCUAAUAGAAAGUUGUUAAAAUUGUCUGCACAUUGACAAACAACGUUAAAAUGCUGCCCUACAUCUUAAUGCAUUAGUAUCAUAGUCCCAAUGAUAUGCAGUAAUAACACUCUACCAUUCUACAUAAUGAAUGAACUUCUAACACUUUAGGUGCAUUUUGUACUUUAACACGUCUGUACUUUUACUCAACCAUGUUUUUAAAUGCAGGACCUUUUAAACUUGUGAGUAUUUUCACAUGUGAUUGCUACUAAAUAGACGUAUCUUAGCAACUUUUUAUUCAGUGCAACUUGAUUCUAAACACCAAACUGAAUUGAAUGGAGACAUCGAAGUUAUAUAAGAAUAUACAUUUUAAAACAGUUACAGUCAAAUUACUUUCGUCUUCACUUUUAAAUUAAACUGUAAAUUUAAAAAAAACAUAUUGUAAGAGGUGAUACUAACAAAUGCAUGUCGAAAAUAUACAAACAAGCACCAUAAAGAAAUAAAAUAUAGCGGAUAAAACCACGAUAUGCACACACAAAUGACAUACGGGUACAUAUUCAUAGCAUUUGUAUUUUCACUGUAAGCAAUAAUAAAUAUAUGUUUUCUACUGUCUCUGAGCGGGAUCAGGGUUUUAGCUGUUAAUGUGUUUACAUUUGCUAAUAUUAAAUACGGGCAUAUUUACAACAAAAUAUAGUAUGUAUUUCGUGGUAUUUUUAAAACGUUCUUCUGUAAAAAGUUUUUUUGAGGAAAAAAAAAACAUAAACGUCAGCACGUCUGUCUCUCUUCCGGUGUCGUAUGGUGACUGCGGCGGAUGUUGAUGUUUUGUUUUGUGGAGCUUGCUGAACGAUGUGAACUGUAUCGUCUCCUGGACGGGUUGAUAUUUUCCGCUGUCGUCUCAGGGUCCUCUUUGUACUCUUUUCUCGGCGAGGUUUCGCUGUUCGUCGGCAUCGUGUCUCUCCCGGCGUCUCUCCCGGGAAGCGCGAGGCCUGGUCCUGCGAUGAUGGAGGACUUUGACGAGAUCUACGAAGAGGAGGAGGAGGAAGAGGAGGACGAGGACAGGGCCGCGGAGGAGCAGCUCCUCAAGUACGCUCCGGACCCGGUGGUGGUGCGAGGGUCCGGCCACGUCACUGUGUUUGGGCUUAGUAACAAAUUCGAGUCAGAAUUUCCAUCAGCACUUACGGGAAAGGUGGCACCAGAGGAAUUCAAAGCCAGUAUCAACCGUGUAAACAGCUGCCUGAGAAAGACGCUGCCAGUGAAUGUGCGGUGGCUCCUGUGUGGCUGCCUCUGCUGCUGUUGCACGUUGGGCUUCAGUCUGUGGCCUGUUAUCUGCCUCAGCAAGAGGACUAGAAGAUCUAUAGAGAAGCUUCUGGAGUGGGAGAACAGCAGACUUUACCACAAAUUGUGUUUGCAUUGGAGACUAAGCAAAAGGAAGUGUGAAACCAACAACAUGAUGGAAUAUGUAAUCCUAAUAGAGUUCUUACCUAAGAUCCCCAUCUUCAGACCGGACUAGCCCGACUGCAGCUGAUCUUAAAUCUCCACUGCUGCAUCACCAUGGCUGUCAAGCUCCUGAAUAACUUUCCCUCUCAAAAUACUCCCAAUAUUUUUGUUUACAGGGUAGCAUUGAUCCUCCCCCGUUCUUCCACACGUACCUUUCUCUACACCCUUGUUUACAAAUCAAGCAUCCCAACACUCACACAUUUUUUGGAGUGACUUCACCAUUGAACCAUGACUUUUGGGUGAGCUGGCAAACUGUCAAGCCAUGCUUACCGGCACCAGCCUGUGGGAUGUCAGAGGAGAACCAUCGGCAGCGUUAUGGAUUUUGGACCUUGAGCUGGAGACUGGACUCUCAAACUGAGUACUAUGAGCUAUAACUGGAAUUACGUCCCUUGUGUGUUCCCUUACCUAAGGACAUGGCACAGUCAGACCAUGAUGAACUCUUUCACAAGUUACCCACUGUCACCCGCCAACUUCACAUGCAAAAAAAAUUACACCCCAGUGCUUUUGUGACAGUUGGUCUGGUGCUCUUGGUCAUUACCAGAGGCUGUAGAGGCCACAUAACAUGGAACUCCAAAGGAACCUUCAUCCAAAUCAACUGCAGCGGACAGACUAGCCGUACAGGAACAUGCUUGGCCAGUGGCCAGAGCAGUGGAACUCAAUAAUGUCACUCUUUUUUUGAUUGAAUACCGGACAUCCUUAUCCCCUCUCCUUCUUUCAUAUCUCUGCACACUUCCCUGUGCAUCACCCUAACCCAGUGACAAUCACACCCUCUAACUGUAUUCUCCAUAGUGUGAAUGGGUCUUUAUGCUACACAAUUUGUUUUCAACUUUAUGUGUCCAGGUGAUGGGCUGGCUGCCUAGCAACUGCUUCUGGGUCACAGUGGAGCAAGUAAGAAGGCCACUCGAGAUGAAGAGAAGGAACCCUUUCUCUCUCUUUUUAGUAUCUCAAGUUUUGUUAACUGGUUUGGUGAAAGAGGGGAAGUCAGUGCUCGCAAAACUGCUCACAGUAUUUGUGUGUGUGUGUGUUUGUGUCUGCGAGAAACGAGCAAAAAAAGACAAAUCAGACAUUAAGAGAUGCUCUUUGCUCUGUAAAGCAGGGUUCUGUCUUUUACAUUUUUUUUUUUUUUGCCAUAACCAAUAUUUGUUACUUUUGUUGUAGUUAUUUAUAAAUGCAAGAGUGUGCAUAUAAUAUGGGCAUUUGUGAUAUAGGCCUCGUUUUUUUUUUUUUUUUUUCUUUUUUGGGCAAAUGUGUGGUUGUUUCCCUUUUUGUCUUUAUGGUCAUGUGUCAACACUAAAGCACACAAUGGCUGUUUUUUUUAACGUCUUCACAUGGAUUCUCUUAUCUGCCAACCUUGGCUUACUUAUCUGAGUGUUCAAGUUAAGGAUGUGGCUCUUAUGAGAACGUUCCUCUGUUUUCAAUAUAAUGUGACUCAUCACAUUCAGAGUUCUGGGUUGACUGAGAGUGUUAAUUCCUCUUUGUUUGGUAAUACCAGGGUUCUCUAUCAUGAAGCAAGAUGACUUGAGUUAGCUUGAUAACUACGCUGCUAAAACUACUCCCAAAUCAGGAACAUGGACUUCAAGCUCCACUAAUUGGUAUUGUAAUUUUAACAAUGUAAAAUUAAUGUUAAAAGUGAAAGGGGUUACUCGUAAUGCUGUACUGUACCAACAGAGAAAUAUCCCUGACUGCAGUUCUUCUCAGCUCUACAGAUUGUUAGUAGUAGUGACUUGUCUUGACUUGAAGUCUUCUAGCCUGCGGCCUUAAUGUUCUGGUUCAUGUAGAGCUAAAAGGAAAGUGAAUAGUGGACUUACAUUCAUCCAUGUCCACUGGAUAUGUAAAUAGGCAACUGUUUGCUAGCAUGUUUGCCACCUUAAGGCGAUAACAUGUCAGUUAGCGUAGGUUAAAGUAAAGAGACUUGUUCCAGGCUCAGUUUAGAUCAGUUAUCUAGCUGACUAACAAUCCUGCUUCUUGGUAGAGACGGAAGAUUUUUUGAAAACUGUUGACAUGAUAUAAAUCACAUCACAAAGCACAUCUCAGUUUUGUGAAAUGUACAACUGUUGUCUGGCAAGCGCAAGAAAAGACAGAACAGAAAGAAUGUGGUAUAGAUUUAGUUUCCCUUUCUACGUGCACCUCUUGAUUUAUUAAAAAGAAGAAAAAGAAAAACAGCCAGAUACUGAAACUGAGAUUUAACAAAGCCACUUAGUUUCAGGUCUCUUAGCUGUGGUGACUGUAUCGGUCACACUCAGGGGAUUAUACUAGAUAAACAACAAUAUGUAGCACUGGAAAACUCACUGUCGGCUACACCAGGGGGGGUCAGAUCACACAUUACUUUAAUAAUUGUAAAAUUAUGCAUUUGGCAUUUGUGUAAUUGGAAAAAUGCCCCUAAGGAAAAAACUAACCUUCCUGUUCAGAUAGUAAAGGAAGCACAUAUUCCACAGACCCACAAACCUCAGACAUUGUGCUGGUUUAAAUGUUAACAGUCCCAAAGUCACUUGAUUACCACUGGGUUGCCUAUUGGUUCAUCAGUCACUUUUCUAUAUUUUUGAUUGUGGUCUGUUCUAUGUAAAUCAAGGCAUAAGGCCAUAUGCAGAUAUGUGGUAUGCGUGCGUAUGUGUGUAUGUGAACGGUGUAUGCAGACACAAAUGUUCUUCGUAGAUCUCAGACUGUGAUUGAACCCUGCACAGAAAAUGAGUCCUUUUAUAUAAUCUGGAGUGUUGUGUGUGUGUGUGUAUGUGUGUUUGUGUGUAUGGAGGAGAGAAAGAUAUAUGUACAUAUGACUCAUGAGCAGGUGUAUGUACAGUAAUAAACUACCAAUAAAAAAGGCUA